AUGGAAAAUCAAACUCUAACAGGUUUGUUGAAGAAGGUGGCCUCGGAAUUUCCGAACCGCCGCGCGGUUUCCGUUUCUGGAAAAUUCGAUUUGACCUACGCGCGACUGCAGGAGCUCGUCGAUCACUCCGCCUCUCUUUUAAUCGCCUCCGGAAUUGGCCCAAACGACACCGUCGCGCUCACCUUCCCCAACACCGUUGAGCUUGUCGUGAUGUUUUUGGCGGUGGUUCGGUGCCGAGCAACGGCGGCGCCGCUGAACCCGGCUUACACGGCUGAGGAGUUCGAGUUCUACCUCUCCGACUCAGAACCGAAGCUUCUGAUCACGCCGGAGGUUCCGGUUCAAGCGAUUAAAGCGGCGGCCACCAAGCUCAACAUCCCUCACGUGACCGCCAAGCUGGCCGGAGCCACCAGCCACGUGACUCUCUCUUCCGCCGCCGAGUCGAGCCCCGACUCGGUCUCGCAACUCGUCAACGAUGCUUCCGACGUGGCACUCUUCCUCCACACGUCCGGCACCACGAGCCGACCCAAGGGAGUGCCCUUGACCCAGCUCAAUUUGGCCUCGUCGGUCCAGAACAUCAAAUCGGUCUACAAACUCACAGAGUCUGACUCGACCGUCAUCGUCCUCCCUCUGUUCCACGUGCACGGGUUAAUCGCCGGGUUACUGAGUUCACUCGUCGCCGGAGCCGCCGUGACUUUCCCAGCCGCGGGCCGAUUCUCCGCCUCCACAUUUUGGGCCGACAUGCUCUCGUACAAUGCCACGUGGUAUACCGCGGUACCCACCAUCCACCAGAUCAUCCUUGACCGCCAUGACAGCAAACCCGAACCGAAAUACCCGAAGCUCCGGUUCAUUCGGAGCUGCAGCUCUUCGUUGGCUCCGUCAAUAUUGGCGCGGCUGGAAGAGAAGUUUGGCGCGCCGGUCUUGGAGGCUUAUGCGAUGACAGAGGCGACCCAUUUGAUGUGUUCGAACCCGUUGCCCGAAGACGGGCCCCACAAGCCCGGGUCGGUCGGGCGAGCCGUGGGUCAGGAGCUGGCGAUUUUGGACGAGAAGGGUUUGGUUCAGCCAGAGGGCGUGAGCGGCGAGGUGUGUGUCAGAGGACCCAAUGUGACCAAGGGGUAUAAGAACAACCCAGAAGCCAACAAAGCGGCUUUCUUGUUCGGGUGGUUUCAUACUGGAGAUAUCGGCGUUUUGGAUUCUGAUGGGUAUUUGAGCCUCGUGGGUCGGAUCAAGGAGCUAAUUAACCGCGGAGGGGAGAAGAUAUCACCCAUUGAAGUAGAUGCAGUGCUUGUGUCACAUCCAGAAAUUGAGCAAGGAGUUUCCUUUGGAGUUCCUGAUGAUAAAUAUGGUGAAGAGAUUAACUGUGCCGUAAUCCCAAGAAAAGGCACAAGCAUAGACGAGGAAGAAGUGCUGCGAUUUUGCAAGAAGAAUCUGGCUUCUUUCAAAGUACCCAAGAAGGCGUUCAUUACUGACUCUCUUCCUAAAACUGCAACCGGGAAAAUCCAACGUCGAAUUGUGGCCGAGCAUUUCCUUGCACAAAUCUCCACUGCUAAGGUUCCCAAGUUUGGUGCUUAA